UUUCGUGUCUGCUUUCCUCUCUGGAGGCGUGACAAUUUUAUUGUCCUCUGGGGCUACCGCUGUCGCCUUUGCCUCUUUGACCAACUUCCGCCCAAGUCCAAGAUGGCGGUUGACAGCCUUCGUCACUUCCGCUAGACUGGGCGACGGAAAUUGACGUCAGCGCCGGCAGGGGGCGGACCUGCUAGUAAACAGCUAAUGCUGGAGCCGCUAUGCGGGAGUCAGCCAUGGACUGGAAAGAAGUUCUCCGCCAGCGGCUAGCAACGUCCGAUACAGGCCUAAACACAGAAAAGAAAAGUGAACAAGAAUUAAAAGAUGAAGAAAUGGAUUUAUUCACCAAAUACUACUCAGAAUGGAAAGGAGGAGGAAAAAACACAAAUGUAUUCCAUAAGUCCAUUCCUCGGUUUUAUUAUAGGCUGCCAGCUGAAGAUGAAGUCUUACUACAGAAAUUAAGAGAGGAAUCCAGAGCUGUCUUUUUGCAACGGAAAAGCAGAGAAUUGUUGGAUAAUGAAGAAUUACAGAAUUUAUGGUUUUUGCUGGACAAGCAUCAAACACCACCUAUGAUUGGAGAGGAAGCAAUGAUUAACUAUGAAAGCUUUUUGAAGGUUGGUGAAAAAGCUGGACCAAAAUGCAAGCAAUUUUUUACAGCAAAAGUUUUUGCUAAACUCCUUCAUACAGAUUCUUAUGGAAGAGUUUCCAUCAUGCAGUUCUUUAAUUAUGUCAUGAGAAAAGUUUGGCUUCAUCAAACAAGAAUAGGACUCAGUUUAUAUGAUGUUGCUGGACAAGGGUAUCUUCGGGAAUCUGAUUUAGAAAACUACAUAUUGGAACUUAUACCUACUUUGCCACAAUUAGAUGGGCUGGAAAAAUCUUUUUACUCCUUUUAUGUUUGUACAGCUGUUAGGAAAUUCUUCUUCUUUCUAGACCCUCUAAGAACAGGGAAGAUAAAAAUUCAAGAUAUUUUAGCCUGCAGUUUCCUAGAUGAUUUGUUGGAGUUAAGGGAUGAGGAACUAUCCAAGGAGAGUCAAGAAACAAACUGGUUUUCUGCUCCUUCUGCCCUAAGGGUUUAUGGCCAAUAUUUGAACCUUGAUAAGGAUCACAAUGGCAUGCUCAGUAAAGAAGAACUCUCCCGCUAUGGAACUGCAACCAUGACCAAUGUCUUCUUAGACCGUGUUUUCCAAGAGUGUCUCACCUAUGAUGGAGAAAUGGAUUAUAAAACCUACCUGGACUUUGUUCUUGCGUUAGAAAACCGAAAAGAACCUGCAGCUCUGCAAUAUAUCUUCAAAUUGCUUGAUAUUGAGAACAAAGGCUAUCUGAAUGUUUUUUCUCUUAAUUAUUUCUUUAGGGCCAUACAAGAACUAAUGAAAAUACAUGGACAAGAUCCUGUUUCAUUUCAAGACGUCAAGGAUGAAAUCUUUGAUAUGGUAAAGCCAAAGGAUCCUUUUAAAAUUUCUCUUCAGGAUUUAAUUAACAGUAAUCAAGGAGACACAGUUACCACCAUUCUAAUUGAUUUGAAUGGCUUCUGGACUUACGAGAAUAGAGAAGCACUUGUUGCAAAUGACAGUGAGAACGCAGCAGACCUUGAUGAUACAUGAGCUUUUAAAGACAAGACUGUUUUCAUUAAGAUACACUAGAAUGCUUCACAUAAAGACUCUGAAGCAGGGUUCUUAGAAAUGGUCAGAAUAAAAGAUUUCUUGUGUCCACAGAA